GCAGAUUGCGCAUGCGCGGUGCAUGUCUCCUUCAGUGUGCCCUCUCGCGCUGUGCAGAAGAACAUUAACACGGUCACGCGCAUCGACAGGACAUGUCUGAGAGAGCAAAGAGAAUGGAGAAGAAACAGAAUCACACGCAGGUGAAGAGCUGCGAUCACUGUAAACCAAAAACCUGCGCAAACAUGGCCGUCCCUCCUGCAUAUGCUGACCUCGGGAAAACCGCCAAGGAUCUCUUCAGCAAAGGCUAUGGGUUUGGAGCCAUUAAACUAGACCUGAAGACUAAGUCUCAGAGUGGAGUUGAGUUCUCCACCGGCGGCUCCAGUAACACAGACACUGGGAAAGCGGCAGGAAAUCUGGAGACCAAGUACAAAAUGAAGGAGCUGGGCUUGAGUCUGAACCAGAAGUGGAACACCGACAACAUUUUGACCACCGAAGUAACUCUUGAAGAUCAGCUGGCCAAGGGUCUGAAGCUGGCUCUGGACACUUCAUUUGUGCCCAACACUGGAAAGAAGGGCGCUAAGCUGAAGACGGGCUAUAAGCGGGAGUACAUGAACGUGGGCUGUGAUUUAGAUUUCGAUCUGGCGGGACCCACGAUCCACGCCGCGGCGGUUCUGGGUUAUGAAGGCUGGUUGGCCGGUUAUCAGAUGGCUUUUGACACGGCCAAAUCCAAACUCGCCCAGAACAACUUCGCUUUGGGCUACAAGGCAGGAGACUUCCAGCUUCACACUAAUGUUAAUGAUGCAGAGUUCGGAGGCUCCAUCUAUCAGAAAGUAAACAGUCAGUUGGAAACGGCGGUGAAUCUGGCGUGGACCGCAGGCAGCAACAACACACGCUUUGGCAUCGCCGCUAAAUACCAGCUGGACAAAGAUUGCUCAAUCUCUGCCAAAGUAAACAAUGCCAGUCUGGUUGGAGUUGGUUACACACAGAGCUUAAGGCCAGGUGUGAAACUCACUCUGUCCGCAUUGAUCGAUGCCAAGAACUUCAAUGCCGGUGGGCACAAGGUGGGCAUGGGCUUCGAGCUGGAUGUGUGAAGAUGAGACGACGGGCAGUGAAGAAAAAGACAACAGCAGGAUUUCAGACACACAUCUACUUCCACCCGUAACUCGACCUUAAAGACCCUCCCGUCCAGUGAGAAACAAGAACAUCAGUCACAUGUUCCGGGGCUACACCCAUCCGUCAAAACAUCACCAUAACAACCACCCUCUGUAUAGCAUCACCAUGACAACAAAUCUCUGCAUCUUCUGUUUCACAGGGUGUAAACUGAGUUAAGAAUGAUGUUCACACGUUUUGAAGUUACGUAUCGUUUGUUUUGAAUGGACAUUUCUAUGUGUUUAAAUAUUCAGAUUCAGCCGGUCCUGUCGUUUUGAUGUGUAUGAUACAUAUUUUUUUCGUGUUUAAUGAGAAAUAAGAAAGAAUACAUACCAACACCCUGUCAAUCACAUUCAUCUUUAAUUCUUCAUAAUAUUUAUUGCCAAAUGUAUCCUUUGAUCAACUGUUUAAGCUUCUGUUUUGGGUUUUGCGGGCUGGAGAUCUCGGCGGACAGUUCAUGAGCGUCUCUGCAGUUGUGCUCUUCACUAAAGGUCCAGGUUUGUGUUACAAAUGGAGAACGAGAAGUCUGUGUGUCAUGGAACUAAAUAAAGAGGAUUGUCGA